UACCAGAUGUCCACUGGUUCCACAGGCGCUGGGGCAUAUAGCAACCACUGUGCCAACACUCUACAGCCAACUUGAGUGGGACAUAGGCUACCUGACAGCACAGUGAAGAAUUCCUAUUUCAUCCUAAAUUAGCAGCAGCAAUAAAUAGAAUUUAAUUGAUAAAAUGUAUUAUUUGCACUGGUUCAUUAGAUCUGACCUAAAAAUGGGCUAAUUAUGGUAAAGAGAUGGUCACUUUGAAGGUCAAACUUGAAGGCAAAGUAUGGGGUGAAAGAAAAAUGGAGAACUGUGGGAGGGAAGCAUUAUAUUGACCAUGGAGAAGGUUAAAAGGUCAGUACAAUCUUGUGGGCUGAAGAGCCUGUACUGUGCUUGUGAUUGUAUGGUGUUGCACACAGGAUGUGGGUAAUAGCUGAACUGAGUCAUCACUAGUUGAAGUGUAAUUUUGAAACAACACUGUAUACAUUCCUGAGAAAUCACGAGUCACUGCAUUAUAUUCCUUAGUGUGAUAACAGGGAUUCUGUAUUGUCCUCACCCUUCAAAAUAAAGUAAGUUAACUAAAAAUAAAUUUGCAUUUGUAUAAAUCCUCUGUUUAUAGGAAAUAAUUCUUUUUAUUUUGAAGUCCAGUUCCUGUAGAGAGGGGGAAGUACGAACCAUUUGCGGAGGCAGCAAUAAGAUUGGAAAAUGCAGUGAGGUUCAAUCCAACAGCUCACCCGAAGGGGUGUAGAGUUUACAGUAAAUAUGGGAUGAACUUCCCUUUCACAAUUUACCACCCUCCCACAUUUUUGCACAUCAGCCUGGGAGGACAGGCAGCGUGGCCUUGCCCAGCCCAGCCGUAGAAUCUAAAGCCUGGAAUCCAGUCUCUGAAGUGGUACCUUCAGCAGAACCCUCAAAUGUAAAGAUGCUAAUCACCGAGUCAGCACGUAGAGUUUGAAUGCUGUCCAGCCAUGUGUAAAGGUUGGGAGAACCAUGCCUAGGCUCAGUUCAGCUGAGUGCCAGCGUGGUGGGAAGAGGUGUACCCGUGGGUCUGCAGGCUGACAACACAGUAGAUUUCCCCUGGCAUGGAACAGUCAGCCAAUGAGGAUAAUAAGUUGCCCAUUGUGAUGAGAGAAGAAAACAGGGGCAGAAGACGUAAGCUGCGAGCCAACACUGCCAGGAACAUGCAGUUCUAUUCACUGGAGCAGCUGCCUCUCGAUUUUGUUCUCCCCACACGGAACAAGUUCAACAGUACCCACGAGAGGAUCUCCAUGGAGGUGCUGGGGAACUACACAGUUGAACAACUGAAAGCAAGGAUUUGGGUGAAGGCUGGUGGGGUCAGCACCAACCCAGACUUCUACCAGAAGUUCAGCCCUGACCACUUCAGACUGCUGUACCAAAAGGAAGGACAGUGGUAUGAGAUAUACGACAAACACCAGGUGAUCCAGACAUUGGAUUGCGUCAACUACUGGAAGACACUACAGAGAAACAAUGGCAAGAUCCACCUGGUAGAAAAGAUAAAGGCUUCUGAGGAAUCCUUGCAGUUGCAGAGUGACUUGAACUAUCUGAUCGGCUAUGAUGUAACAGAUGUUAGCAAUGUCCAUGAUGAUGAGCUGGAAUUUACCCGUCGGAAGCUGAUCACACCUCAGCUAAGUGAAGUGUCCAGCCGGGAUGCAAUGCUGUACUCAAUGGACCCUUGUAUCACCUCAAAACCUUUGCCUGAACAUCUGCUGAGCAAGAUUUGUAACAAUCACAUUUUCAUAAUCAUCCACAGAGGAACGAUGAGCCUAACUAUCAAAGUGUCCAUUGAUGAGACCCCACAGACCAUCCUGAAGAAUUUCUUCAAGAAAAUGGCUAACAAGAUGGGGCUGCUGGGGAUCUCAGAAUUCCAAAGUGAGGAUGACUUUGUCCUCCGGGUUUGUGGCAGGGAGGAUUACAUUGUCGGUGACAAUCCAAUCAAGGACUUCUGCUGGAUCAGAAGCUGUCUGAAGAAUGGUGAAGAAAUCCAUUUUGUGCUGGUUCAGCCCCCUGACCCAAAGUUGGAUGUCGUUCAGAAGGAAGAGUGGCCACUGGUGGAUGAUUGCACAGGGGUGACUGGGUCACAUGAACAGCUGACCCUGGAAGGAAAAGAUCAUGACAAAGUCUUCACCAUUUCCCUCUGGGACUGUGCCAGAAAGUUCAGAGUCAAGAUUGUUGGAAUUGACAUCCCUGUUCUCCCAAGGAACACAGAACUGACGGUCUUUGUUGAGGCCAGCAUACUGUAUGGGCAGCAGGUUCUUUCACAGCAGAAGACGUCCACCAAAGCAUUCACAGAAGAGGUGCUGUGGAAUACCUGGCUGGAGUUCGACAUUAAAGUCAGAGACCUGCCCAAAGGAGCACGGCUGAACCUCCAGGUUUACUGUGGCAAAGCACCAGUGCAGAGUGCCAAGAGUGCCUUCCAGAUGCAAGAUGAUAACACGGUGGAGAGCAAGAGCAAGAAUCACGUGCUAUACUACGUCAACCUCUUGGUGAUCGACCAUCGGUCUCUCCUCAGGCAAGGAGAGUACAUGCUUCACAUGUGGAAGAUCCCCGACAAAGGUGAAGAGCAAGGAACCAUCGAAGCUGACAAACUCACAUCAGCAACCAAUCCUGACAAGCAGACAUCCAUGGCCAUCUGCAUCCUGUUUGACAGGUACAAUUACCCCAUUGCACUGCCCCGAAGCCGUCACACCCCUGCCUGUAAGCUGGAGAGGCCAGGCCAGGAAAUGCACAGCCAGCUGCGUAAACAGUUUGAAGAGAUCAUCAGCACAGACCCCUUAAACCUACUGAGCUCUGAAGACAAAGAGUUACUUUGGCACUUUAAGAAUGAGUGUAUGAGGCAGCCCAAAGCCUACCCCAAGUUCCUCAGCUCUGUGAAGUGGGGACAGCAGGAGGUGGUGCUGAAAACACACCAGCUGCUGGAAGAUCAGGAUGUAUGGGACAACAGUCCUUUGGACGUGGGACUCGCAAUGCAGCUCCUGGACUGCCGAUUUUCAGAUGAGCAAGUUCGGACAUUGGCUAUUCGAAAGCUGGAGACCCUUGACAAUAGUGGGGUGCUGUGUUAUCUCCUACAGUUAGUCCAGGCGGUCAAGUUUGAGCCUUACCAUGACAGUGCCCUUGCACGAUUUCUCCUGAAAAGAGCAUUAAGAAGUAAACGGAUCGGCCAUUUUCUUUUCUGGUUUUUGAGAAGUGAAGUGGCUGGAUCGAUGCACUAUCGCCAGCGGUACGCAGUCAUUCUGGAGGCAUACCUGCGAGGCUGCGGUGCAGCCAUGCUGAGAGACUUCAGGAAGCAGGUUCAGGUGAUGGAAACCCUGCACAAAGUGACACUGGAGAUAAAGAAUGUCACUGCUGAGAAGUACGACGUUUCACCUCAAGCCAUCCUGCAGUUAAGGCAUAAGCUGGAGAAACUCCAAUCCACCGAUUUCCCAGAAGAUUUCCGGAUUCCGUAUGACCCUGGCCUCCGUGCUGGUGCACUUGUGGUGGACAAAUGCAAAGUAAUGCCAUCAAAGAAGAAGCCUUUGUGGCUGGAGUUCAAGUGUGCUGACCCUACAUCUAUAUCUAAGGACACCAUUAGCAUCCUCUUUAAACAUGGAGAUGACCUGCGUCAGGACAUGCUGAUCAUACAGAUCCUUCUAAUCAUGGACAACAUCUGGGAAACAGAAUCCUUGGAUCUUUGUCUUUUGCCAUAUGGCUGUAUUGCAACUGGAAACAAGAUCGGAAUGAUUCAGAUUGUGAAAGAUGCCACAACUAUUGCCAAGAUCCAGCAGAGUACAGUCGGUAACACAGGCGCAUUCAAGGAUGAAGUGUUGAAUCACUGGCUGAAAGAAAAAUGCCCGAUUGAGGACAAGUUCCAAUCAGCUGUGGAAAGGUUUGUUUAUUCAUGCGCUGGGUACUGUGUUGCCACAUAUAUCCUGGGUAUCGGAGACAGGCACAAUGACAACAUCAUGAUAACAGAGUUGGGAAAUCUUUUCCACAUUGAUUUCGGUCACAUUCUUGGAAACUAUAAAAGCUUCCUGGGGAUCAAUAAGGAGAGGGUCCCUUUUGUACUGACCCCUGACUUUCUCUAUGUGAUGGGCACAUCCGGCAAGAAGACAAGCCGACAUUUCCAGAAGUUUCAGGAUAUUUGUGUCAAGGCCUACCUUGCACUGCGCCACCACACCAAUCUUCUGAUUAUACUCUUCUCCAUGAUGAUGAUGACGGGGAUGCCACAGCUGACCAGCAAAGAAGAUAUUGCGUAUAUUCAAGAAACACUGACUGUGGGCAAGAAUGAGGAAGAGGCUAUGAAGCACUUCUUGGACCAGAUUGAGAUCUGCCGGGACAAAGGAUGGACAGUGCAGUUCAACUGGUUCCUCCACCUUGUGUUGGGGAUCAAACAGGGGGUUGAGAAACACUCUGCAUAAUUUCUUGAAUUGGGAAAAUGGAGGAGGACACAUACAGCAGAGUAUACCCUCAGACUGAUAGGUGAACAGCUGCCUCAUUGGAGUCCCACCAAAUCCACUGCAGUCUAGAUGCUCAGCUCAGGUUUGACCAAAAUGUAACUUGUAUAAGCAUUAAUGAAAACAGAUCCAUGGCAGGUGCCAAUUCCACAGUGGCAAAGCUGCUGGAGAUACUGCCUCACAUCUCAAGUUUCCUGGCUUCAAUGCUGACCUCUGGUGCCCUUGGGAAUUUGCACUUGGUUGUUGUGCCUGUGUGGGUUUUCCCCACUGCUCUGGUUUCUCUCCAUAGCACAAAGACACAUGAGUGAGCAGGUUAGUUGCCCCUAGUGUGUGGGUGAGUCGAAUAAUUCAAGGGGAACUGAUAAAGUGUAGGACUAGUAUAAAUGGGUGCUUGAUCGUCAGCAUGGAUUCAAUCAGCCAAAGAUCCCAUUUCCAUGCUGUAUCUCUCAAUGACUAUAACUAAUGAGUACUAAUGAGUAUUUCAACUUCAGUAGUUCAAUAGCUUACUUUAAUAUCAGAGAAUGUAUGUGAUAUACAUCCUGUGAUUCUUACUCUUCACAAACAUCCACAAAAAUAGAAGAGUAUCCCAAAGAAUGGGUGACAGUAAAAUCGUUAGAACCCCAGCCCCCUCUCCCCCUUCCACAUGCUAACAGCAACAAAGCAUCAUCACUCACUUUCCCUCUCCCCCACUUCAGCAAAAGGCAUCAGCACUCUAUUACAGUCUUUGUACUCCACUCCAGGGAACUACUCGCACACUAGAGUCAAAAUGAUUCUGGCUCAGUCUUGAGUGGAAUUGCACUGCAUGCAGAAGCUAGGUUUAGAAGAUCAGUCUGUUUGAACUAGACUAAACAUUUGUAAAUCCUCUUUAACCAGCUUCACCUGAAACCAUCUCCAAACUUCCUUCACAACUCAAUUGCUUUAAGAUGCCAACCCUUUGUAAAAUAAACAACAAUGUGAAAAAGAAGUACCUAAGAAAUAGGUACCAAGGAGAUGCCUAAAAUUCUGAAAAUUAAACAGGGUUUAUACUUAUUUCCAGUAGAAGUACCAACAUAUUAGGAUUAUCCUGGAGAUCUAGACAUUGAAAAUUAAUAUUUAGGACAGUGUAGUCAGUGGCUCAGGGGAAAAUCACAGGAUUAAAAACAAAUGUAAUUCUCUUAAGAAUUCCAGGGAACCUUAGCAAGCAGAGGUUCUUGUUUCAAAAAAACGUAGUUCAAAUCUCUGUACUACUUCAUAGGAGAACUGCAUCAGGAAGGGUUCUUUCAAAGUUCAAAGUACAUUUAUAAUGUAAGUAUGUAUAAUUUAUACAAUCUUAAGAUUUGUCUGCUUACAGGCAGCCACAAAGUAAGAAAACUGAAAGCACCCAAUUUUAAAAAAAGACCAACGCCCAAUGUGAAGAGAGAGAGAAAAAAAUAAAACCACAAAACGUGCAAACAAUAAAAGCAAGCAACAGCAUACAGAACAAAAUUGACCCAAAAGCCUGAGCAAGCCCAUAGCCUCAUCCUCAGUUCAUCACACAGUGGGGUAAAUUGCUUGGAGCAGACAGAGCAGUUACAUAGCCUCAGCACCAUGGAGAGAGGAGUAACAUCAUGGAACAGUGCACAGAAUCAACCCCACCCUUACCUCCGGUUCCAACACCCAGCCUUUUCAGUUUAUCUGGGUCGGUGUUUAAAUUCUAGCAUCAAAAUAGCAUCAGGUGAUGAUAAAUUCCAGUUGGAUUUCUGGAAUUAUGGUAAGUGACCCAUAAAUGGGUUCAGUUGGAAAAAAAUAUUUUCUAUUGAAAAAGUGUAAAAAUUAUAUACUAUUGAACUUCUUUAAAUUCUUGUAUCAGUUAGAGAAAUGUUGGGAUUGAAACAAAGGAAACAUUGACUGAGAGUUAAUAAACAUUUAUGGAAGUAUAGAAGUCAUGUUUGUAUUUAUUUGUAGGUUUCUGGCAAGGCCAACGCACAUGUUCCAUUGAGAAUGGGCCAAUUUGUUUCACCCUUCAGGAGCAUAUCUAACCAAAGUCUAGAACCCUUGUUCCUACUGAUGAGGGAGUCCAGAACAGGAAAUGCAAUUAAAGGAGAGAAGAGAUUUAGGAUAGGGAGGGAGAGAGCACAAGGGAGGCUGAGUUUGAAGCAGAGACAUAUCAAAAUGUAAGAAUUUUGAAUAGCUUGUUAAAGGAAUACAGAGAAUAGAAUAGCCAUAUAUAAUGAGCAUGAAUGGUCUUGGAGGUUAAUGGGCUAGAUGGCUAUAUUGUGUUGUAAUUUUGACACAGGCAGUCCUUAGAUUACAUAAGAACACUCUUCCUAAGAACUCUCUGUAAAUCAGGAACAUCCAUUUUCUAUAGGAACCAAAAUUGCAUUGCUCUGAAUGCACUUGCUGUAUAUAAUUCAAAGGUUCAUUUAUUAUCAAAGUGUACAACACUGAAACCCUUCUUCUCCAGAUAGCCAUGAAAACAAUAAGGAAGGCAGCACAGCUGCUUUUUUAGGUAGCCGUCUAGUUUUGGGUUCCGAGGGUGGGGUGGGUUCUCCAGUUCCAAAACUACUCACUGUUUCUUUUGUUUUCCUUUGUUAAUCAGGACAGGUCUCUGUUUUGAUUCUACGGAUCUAUGUUUACAUUUUUGCUCCCAGACUGUUACUGUACUGCUUGAUUUUUUUAUAUGCCUGCUACCUUCUAUGCACUAACAAUUGAUAAUGGUUAAUACACUUAAAUUUGUGAGCUGGAAUGUAAAGGGAUUGAAUCAUCCUGUUAAAAGAAGGAAGGUCUUCUCGCAUAUUAAACAACUCAAAGCUGACAUUGCUUUCCUUCAAGAAACUCAUAUUCGUAGUUUUG